AUGGGUUCGAAUCCGAUCCCGACAUGGGCUCUCCCGUUCUGGUCCACGAAAUCAUCGCAGCACGCCGUCCGCCCUUCCUUCCUCUCCAGCGCUUUCCGGUCGCUGAAUCCCUCAUCCUCUGCCAAUAUGCCACCCAAAGGCAAUGUCUCGACCAAGCUCAAGCCGAUGCGCCUAGACACGAUCAGAUUCCUCCGAGUCAAGCGACCGAAUACCCAACAAGAACAGAACCCGUGUGUGACCGUGAUGUCGUCAAUGCUGAACUGCUGGGCCUCUCAGGGAUAUGGCACUGAAGGAUGCGCCGCUAUGGAGAUGCAAUUGCGGAAGUGUAUGGAUGGCACGACCAAGUCAGAGAAGAAGAAUAACACCGUCAACUACCAUCUGGGGAGAAUGUACCCCAAGGUCAUCCCGCCGCGGAAGAAGGAGGGUGUCCUGGGCUAA